AUGACCUCAGCAAAACAUGCCACUGUCAGUAGGGCGCUUCCUUAUCCGAUUGCUGAUUUCUGCAUCCCUGUCACUAAGGCCGAGCUUCCUGUCGAUGAUUGGGAUGCAUAUGCCCCUCAUAGGAUCCACUAUGGUAUUCCAGAAUGGAUGAAGUAUGGUGCAGGGGAUACUGGCCAGCUUGAGUUUUUGCAAAUUCCUGUCAUGAAAUACCAGCGGCUUCUUGCUACGUUCCCCUCCCCACAAAAUAUUGAUCGUCCUGGGUUUAUCUUUGCUACUGCGUUGAAUACUGGCUUGCAUGAGUCGAAGAAGAUGAAGAAGAACACAAAGGCACAACCAAAGAGGGUGGAUCUGGGUGACACGUCACGCAAGAAUGCUGGUGCACGCUUCUUUCGAGCUAUGAUCGCUAGGCGAACUGUGUUGGAGGAUGAGAACAAGAAGCUGUUUGAAACAGGCUGGGGCGUGAAGGAGGAUGACAUCUUGAUUAUGCUUGGUCAGGCAGAUGAUGCAUGGAUGUCCAAGGGCCUUGACCCCCAAUUGCAUCGCACAAUCGCAUAUGUCGCAUCGCACAUACGGCGCAAACUCCGUAUCGCAAAAUUGUUGGGGGGAGAUUUCUGUUGCCCCACGAAUUUAAUCCUUUGGUCCUCCCACCAUCUUCCCACCACGGCAUCGGCUCGUGACGGGUUGCCAGAAAUUCUUGGAUGUCCAAGACCUUGGGGGCGAAGCGGGGAUCUCAGGGCGGACCAGCGGAAGGAAUAUGAUAACAAGGCAGCGGAACUAGUUGGCGACAGGGCUUCAAUUAAGGGUGUUUGUGAAGGGCUGCUGCACUAG